AUGGCCAAUCUUAAUUGGUCAUCUCCACUUAUGUUGGUCUUAGCCUUGUAUGCCAUUGCUAGUCAUACAAGGGCACAAUACUCUCCACCAUCACCAACACCAUAUGUUUAUACCUUUCCACCGCUCCCACCAUAUGUUUACAACAGUCCCCCUCCGUCUCCAUAUGUCUACAGUUCCCCACCACCACCUCCAUAUGUUUACAAAUCUCCACCACCACCGCCAUAUGUCUAUAGUUCCCCACCACCACCGCCAUAUGUCUACAGUUCUCCACCACCACCUCCAUAUGUUUACAAAUCUCCACCACCACCUCCUUACAUCUAUAGCUCUCCACCACCUCCUCCAUACGUUUACAAGUCGCCACCUCCUCCUCCAUAUGUUUAUAGUUCCCCACCACCACCGCCAUAUGUCUAUAAAUCUCCUCCACCACCUCCUUAUGUCUAUAGUUCUCCACCGCCUCCACCCUAUGUUUACAAAUCUCCUCCACCACCUCCAUAUGUCUACAGCUCUCCACCACCUCCGCCUUAUGUUUACAAGUCUCCUCCCCCACCUCCAUAUGUCUAUAGCUCUCCACCACCACCUCCUUAUGUCUACAGCUCUCCACCACCACCUCCCUAUGUUUACAAGUCGCCACCACCUCCACCAUAUGUUUAUAGUUCCCCACCACCACCACCAUAUGUCUAUAAAUCUCCUCCACCACCUCCAUAUGUCUAUAGCUCUCCACCACCUCCGCCUUAUGUUUACAAGUCUCCUCCACCACCUCCAUACGUCUAUAGCUCUCCGCCACCACCUCCAUAUGUUUACAAGUCACCACCACCUCCUCCAUACGUCUACAGCUCUCCACCACCACCACCAUAUGUUUACAAGUCGCCACCACCACCUCCUUACGUAUAUAGCUCUCCACCGCCUCCGCCAUAUGUUUACACUUCCCCACCACCACCGCCAUAUGUGUACAGUUCUCCACCACCACCUCCUUAUGUAUACAAGUCUCCCCCACCACCUCCAUAUAUCUACAGUUCACCUCCGCCUCCUCCUUAUGUUUACAAGUCUCCUCCACCACCUCCUUACGUCUAUAGCUCUCCACCACCUCCUCCAUAUGUCUACAGUUCUCCACCACCACCACCAUAUGUUUACAAGUCUCCUCCAUACGUCUAUAAUUCUCCACCACCCUAUAGCUAUAGCUAUAGCUCACCCCCUCCACCACUAUACUAA